AACCCUUUUAACGGCACGAGCGUUCCUAAAACCCUAAAUCGCUCGCGUGCGGAGGAGGCGAUUACGAACCCUCGAAUCCCUGCUGGGUUUCUCCGCUUCGGUCGAGGAUGAGGAAGAAGGUGGACGACCGCAUCCGAACCCUCAUCGAGAAUGGUGUAAAGCUCAGACAUCGUUCUAUGUUCCUCAUCGUCGGCGACAAAUCCCGAGAUCAGAUUGUCAAUCUCCAUUACAUGUUAACCAAGGCAGUCGUGAAGUCUCGCCCAACUGUGUUGUGGUGCUACAAAGAUAAGCUUGAGCUUAGCAGUCACAAGAAAAAACGUGCCAAGCAGAUAAAGAAGUUGAUGCAGAGAGGGUUGCUUGAUCCUGAAAAAGUUGAUCCUUUUUCACUUUUUGUUGAGAGCGGAAAUAUAACAUAUUGCUUAUAUAAAGAUUCUGAAAGGAUUCUUGGAAAUACAUUUGGAAUGUGCAUCUUACAGGAUUUUGAGGCAUUGACACCUAACCUUCUUGCAAGAACUAUCGAGACAGUGGAGGGUGGUGGGCUCAUAAUCUUGUUGCUCCGAUCUCUUUCCUCUCUUACCAGUCUCUACACCAUGGUCAUGGAUGUACACGAGAGAUUCCGAACCGAGUCUCAUUCUCAUGCAGCUGCACGGUUCAAUGAAAGGUUCUUGCUGUCUAUUGCCUUAUGCAAGGCAUGUGUUAUAAUGGAUGAUGAGCUUAACAUUUUACCAAUAUCGUCUCAUAUAAGAUCAAUUCAGUCUGUAUCAAUCACGGAGGAUCCUGAGGGCUUAUCUGAAAGGGAGCGGGAAUUAAAGAAUCUCAAGGACCAAUUUCAUGACGAUUUUCCUGUUGGUCCGCUGAUUGGGAAGUGUUGUACGAUGGACCAGGGAAAAGCUGUUAUUACUUUUCUUGAUGCUAUUCUUGACAAAACACUACGAAGUACUGUUGCUUUGAUAGCUGCUCGAGGGCGUGGAAAAUCUGCUGCUCUGGGCCUUGCAGUCGCUGGAGCUGUUGCUGCAGGGUACUCCAAUAUAUUUGUCACCGCACCCAGCCCAGAGAAUCUCAAGACCUUGUUUGAGUUUGUUUGUAAGGGGAUCAAUGCAUUGGAAUACAAGGAACAUUUACACUAUGACCUGGUGAAGAGUGCUGAUCCUGAAUUGAAGAAAGCAACAAUUCAGAUAAAUAUCUAUAAGCAACAUCGCCAGACGAUUCAGUACUUGAGGCCACAUGACCAUGCAAAGCUCUCUCAAGUUGAGCUCCUAGUUGUUGAUGAAGCUGCUGCUAUUCCAUUACCCAUUGUAAAAUCCUUGCUUGGACCUUAUCUGGUCUUCCUCUCAUCUACUGUCAAUGGCUAUGAAGGAACUGGUCGGUCUUUGUCACUAAAGCUUCUUCAGCAAUUAGAAUCACAAAGCCAAAUGCCUAGUCAGGGUGCUGAUGGCAAUCAUUCUGGUAGGCUUUUCAAAAAGGUUGAAUUGAAUGAAUCUAUCAGAUAUGCCUCUGGGGAUCCAAUUGAGUCUUGGCUCAAUGGUUUGCUUUGCUUGGAUGUUGCAAGUUAUAUUCCAAAUAUUAGCAGACUACCACAUCCAAGUGAGUGUGAUCUUUAUUAUGUCAAUCGAGACACACUUUUUUCAUAUCACAAAGAAAGUGAGAUAUUUUUACAGCGCAUGAUGGCCCUUUAUGUUGCCUCCCACUAUAAAAAUUCACCUAAUGACUUGCAACUGAUGGCUGAUGCUCCAUCUCACCACUUGUUUGUGUUGCUUGGUCCUGUUGAUGAAUCAAAAAAUCAUCUUCCAGAUAUUUUAUGUGUUAUUCAGGUUUGCCUUGAAGGACAAAUAUCACGUAAGUCUGCAAUAAAAAGUUUAAGCGAGGGCCGCCAACCUUUUGGUGAUCAGAUACCUUGGAAGUUUUGCGAACAAUUUCAAGAUAAUGUCUUCCCUACUCUCUCUGGAGCUCGAAUAGUGCGCAUCGCAGUACAUCCAAGUGCCUUGAGGCUUGGAUAUGGCUCAACUGCCGUGGAUCUACUAACAAGAUAUUAUGAAGGACAGCUUGCUCAUUUUGCUGAGGAAGAUGCUGAGCAAGUUGAGGAGCUUAAAGUCAGAGUGACUGAAGCUGCAGAGAAGGUUUCCUUAUUAGAAGAAAACAUAAAGCCCAGAGCAAAUCUUCCACCUCUCCUCGUUCAUCUUCAUGAGAGACAUCCAGAAAAGCUUCACUAUAUUGGUGUCUCUUUUGGACUUACUUUGGAUCUUUUUCGCUUCUGGAGAAAGCAUAAAUUUUUUCCAUUCUAUGUUGGCCAGAUUCCAAGUGCUGUCACUGGUGAGCACACAUGCAUGCUCUUGAAACCACUGAACAAUGAUGACGUUGAAGUUGGUGAGUCUGGUGAACAUGGUUUUCUUGAGCCUUUUUAUCAAGACUUCAGGCGGCGAUUUCUGCGUCUUUUGGGUACCACAUGUCAUAAAUUUGAUUAUAAACUUGCAAUGAGUGUUUUGGCAUCAAAGAUAAAUUUUGCAGAGCAGGAACAUGAAUUGACUGUCAUGAAUGGUGACUUGAAGCCCAUGAAUAACCUAUUGUCCCCUCAUGAUAUGAAGCGACUUGAAGCAUAUACAAAUAAUUGUGUUGACUAUCACAUGAUUCUAGACCUAGUGCCUAUCCUCGCACAUCAGUAUUUCCAAGGCAAUAUUCCGGUCACAUUGUCUCCUGUGCAAGCCUCCGUGUUAUUCUGCAUAGGCUUGCAGAACAAGGAUGUUGGAGACAUCAAGGAAGAAAUGAAGCUAGAAAGAGAACAAAUACUAUCUUUGUUUAUUAAAGUGAUGAAGAAGUUAUACAAUCAUCUUUACAAUGUUGUAGCCAGGGAGAUCGAUGAAACAUUACCCCGGCUUAAGAUUGAAAUGGUUCCUCAUAGCAUAUCCGUGGAUGAAGAACUUGAUCAAGCAGCACGAGAGGUUAUGGAAAACAUGAAAGCCGAGAAUGAUGAUGGGAUCUUGAACCCAGAAUACUUGCAGCAAUAUGCUAUUGUCAGCAAAGAAGGGGAGUUUGAGAAAGCUCUCCAAAAUGGAGGGGUUAAAGUGUCCGCAAGUGGUAUUGUCAGUGUAAAAUCUAACAGGAAAAAGAUGGGCAAGCUGGGAGCCAGCCAAGAAACAAAUAAGAGCAAAAGGAAAGGAAAGGAUGGCGAGAAACCAAAAUCAAACAAAAAGAAGAGAACGUAAAACACCUGCCUGGCGAAUUUCUGGUGAAACAGCAAUAUGGCUUAUAUGUCCAUUUAGAAGAUUUGAAAAUUUUUGCUUCAUUGUUUAUUAUUUUUCCCUGUAAGUCUCACUGUCUGAUGCAAAGUUAAAACUGAUGCAAUUUGCAUUCUGAGAGUGGUUUUUAUCUAAGAGGAGGCAAAAUGAUUGCUGGAUGUUUUAGGCCAAAGAUUAUACUGCUUUGGUGGGAAUGAAUCAUUCUUUCAGCCCUA